AUGUUCACCAAGGCUGUCGCUACUCUCGCUGCUGUCGCUGGCCUCGCCGCGGCUCUGCCCACAGCCACUGUCCCGGAGCUGGCCUCGCGCACGGUCACCCUCACGGGUGUCACCCACAGUGUUGUUGCUGGCCUCGGUGGUGCCCUAGUCUUCGAUCCAGACAACGUCGUUGCUGAGAUCGGCGACAUUGUGGAGUGGCACUACCUUCCCAAGAACCACUCGGUUGCGCAGUCGUCCUUUGGUGAGCCCUGCGAGCCCCUCAACACGGGCUACGGCUUCUUCUCUGGCUUCCAGCCGACCGCCUCUGGCCAGGCUCCGGACGUCUUCCAGAUUGUUGUCGAGGACUCCAACCCGAUCUGGUACUACUGCGCUCAGACUGUCGGUAGCCACUGUCAAAAGGGCAUGGCCGGUGUGAUCAACCAGAACUUCAACUCGGCCAACACGCUGUCGGCCUACAAGGCUGCCGCUGCCAACACUGGCGUAUCUUGUAUUCCGCCCGUCAUCCAGGGCGGUGCUGUCAUCCUGAACCCCAACCCCAACGGCGGCUUCUAA